AUGCAGAUCUUCAAUCCCGAAAGCCUUCUCGACAAAUGCCGGUUUGCCGUAUUCCCGAAUGAUGUUCUCAAACAACCAAAGCUUCGAGAAAAUUUAUCUCCACUAUUGCCAUUUAGCCUCAUGAAUGAUUCUUUGCGGACUGAUGUCAUGGCGAACAGCAACGGUCGGGUAACUUUUCGGCACAUCGUUCUUUCCGACAGCGGCUCGACUACUGUUUAUGGGAUAAUUCCGCCUCGACUAAUGUAUGCUGUCUUCCCCACGAAAGACAUAUAA